GGCUCUUAUGGCUGGCUAGCUAAUCAGAUGGGAAAAAACAUAUUAAAACGUUCCCGAGUGUGAAUAUUACUACAGUACAUGUGCUGUAAACCCUUCACAAGGAUUUUAUGAUUGAAACCAUCUCUCUUUCUGUAUGCAUUGCUCUUGAAGCGGAGCGUGAUAAGAGUCGUUUCCUCUGAUCUCAUGAGGCUUUAGCAUGCUAGCAUGCCCUCUGAUUUCAUAUCUCUCCUGAGCGCCGACAUCGACCCCAGUUCUCCCAAAUCGCUCUAUUCCAAAGAGUCAGUGUAUGACCUGCUCCCUAAAGAGCUGCAGUUGCCCUCGGUCGUACAGCAGGACAUCCCCACCAUGAGCCAGAAGAGCGGUGGAGAGGCCGGACCUCCUCCUCCGGCUGCCCUGGCCUCAGUUUUAUUAACGUUCUGCAUUGUGCACACUACAGAUGCUGCUGCCACUUGCGCCGCUGCCUCCUCCCCUGGAGGACUCAGCAGUACACUUCCUUCCUGUCCCAGCAUGCUCACCGCUACCUCAGCCCCAGAGCUGGCUUGCAGGCUCCACAGCGGUCCUGCCGCAGAGGGGAUGCCAGAGAGAAUGGGUGUGGAGCCUGGAUCAGUGGUGGCUAUCAGUGCGGUAGAUACUGUCGGAGCCACACAGAGCCAGGCAACCCCCUCGAAGCGGCGGACUGUCCUGAGCAUCUCUCCACCUCCGGAGGACCUGCUGGAUGAUAGUCGUAUGUCCUGCCAGGAUGAUCUGCUUGCCAACCAGGACUCGGAGCAGAGCAGCAGUAUGUGGAUGGACGACUCUGUGUCCAACUUUAGCGUGGGCAGCAGCAGUUCAUACAAUGACAAUACUGAAGUGCCCAGAAAGUCUCGGAAGAGAACUCCUCGCCAGCGGCCGGGGCCAAAGCCUGCGGCCCGGGAUGAAGCUGGCAUGGAUGUGUUUGAUGCAGACAGCGCUAAAGCACCGCACUUUGUUCUUUCACAACUGGGUUCAGACACCAAAGUCACACCCAAAGUGAGCUCCCUGGAAGUGUCAAACAAUCAGAAAGGGGGCAUUCUUUCCAUUCAAUACCCACAGAAGAAUGAAGGAAAGGAGCUGAAGAUUUUGAUUCAGCCGGAGACGCAGCACAGAGCACGAUACCUGACGGAGGGAAGUAGGGGAUCUGUCAAAGACCGUACCCAGCAAGGAUUUCCUACAAUCAAAUUAGAGGGAGUCAAUGAACCAGUGGUGCUCCAAGUAUUUGUGGCUAAUGACGCUGGACGUGUGAAGCCUCAUGGGUUUUAUCAAGCCUGCAGAGUGACGGGGCGCAACACAACGGCCUGUAAGGAAGUGGAUAUUGAGGGAACCACAGUUAUUGAAGUAAACUUUGAGCCAACCAACUCUAUGACCCAAGCCGUGGACUGUGUUGGAAUCUUGAAGCUGAGGAAUGCCGAUGUUGAAGCUCGUAUAGGAGUUGCUGGCUCCAAAAAGAAGAGCACUCGAGCUCGUUUGGCCUUCAGAGUCAACAUCCCAAGACCUGAUGGAUCUGUCCUAACCCUACAGGCCCUCUCCUCUCCUAUCUUAUGUACUCAACCAGCUGGAGUGCCUGAAAUCCUUAAGAAGAGUCUUCACUGUGGCUCUGUCGCAGGAGGAGAGGAAGUCUUUAUCAUCGGCAAGAACUUUCUCAAAGGAACAAAAGUUCUUUUUCAGGAAAAUUCUACAGAAGAGAGUGGCUGGCAGGCCGAAGCAGAAAUUGACAUGGAACUUUUUCAUCAGAAUCAUCUAGUGGUGAAGGUUCCCCCAUAUCAUGACCAGACUUUGACCUCCCCGGUGUCCGUUGGGAUUGCUGUAGUGACAAAUGCAGGGAGAACACAUGAUCUACAGCCUUUUACCUACACUCCUCUAACAGAGAAAGUUGAACUACCAGUGAAAUCAGAACUGCCAGCCACAGUCAAGGCUUGUACCUUUGAAGAGCAGAUAAAAGCAAUGCAAACUGAGACAAAUUGUCUAAACAAUGUCUUAAUGUUACCUAUGGUCAAACGAGAAGAACCUAUGGAAGUUUCCUGCAACGCAGCACCUUCAGACAUUUUUAAGCCUGUAGAGGCCCUUAGUUCAACCCAACAAAUCUUGGAGAUAAGUACUGUCCUUCCUUCUGCCACCAAGUCUUUUCCAAGCCCUGUGGCUCUUCAAUCCGUCGACUCACAACCGCCAUCAGCUCAAAUAUUUACGACUCAAGAAACCUUAUCCACCAUUCAGAAGCAGGAUAUUCCUUCACCUGCAUCGUUCCAAGUGUCCUUGUCAGAAGACACAACAGUUCUCCAGCCUGUUCCCCCUCAGGUCCCUCAGCAGUUCUUGCGUGAAACCCCAGAAACUUUGUCUCCAGAAGACAACAGUGCAGAUGGAAGUGGAAUGGUAUUGGUGGGCAUAGACUCUCGGAAUCCUCCAUCCCAGCGGCCACAAGUUCAGGCGCUUUUGCCCCAGGAUGGAGUUGCACAGCUAGAGAGAGCAGUAAGAGAGCUGCAAGCACAACAGCAGCUAAAUUCUGUACUUUAUAGUCCGACGCCGUCUGCAGAGAGCCUUCAGCAACACGUCCAGGAAAACAUGAACAGUUUAAGGUUGGGUGGAAAUGAGACCACUCUAAUAAACCAGCAACAGCAGCAGCAAGAGCAGAAUAUAUUGGAAAAUCUUCAGCAACAACAACAGAAAGCACUUGUGGAUCUACAACAUCAACAGACAGUCCUUGAAAAUUUGCAGCAGCAUCAGAAGGUCUUUGAAAACUUCCAGCAACAGGCUCUUGGCAACAUUCAGCAGCAGCAAACACACAAAGUUUUGGAGAAUCUACAGCAUCAACAGCAGCAUCAGAACGUCCUGGAAAACAUUCAGCAACAAAGUUCCAUAGUGACUCUGCAGCAUCAAAAAGUUCUCGAUAAUCUUCAGCAGCAGCAACAGCAUCAGAAAAAUUUAGAAACUCUUCAGCAUCAGGAAGUAUUAGAGAACCUAAAGCAACAAUUGCAGUCAGAGCUCUUGCAGACACAGAUUCCAAUGCAGUGCACGCCUAGCUUCACUAGCGAACAGCAAAGCUCCACACAGACUAAUACUCUAUCGCAGCCCCCUGAAGGCUUCCUCCAGAACCCAACCCAGGAGCAGUUGCAGCAGCAGACUGCUCUUUUCCAACAGACAGGAGGUCUUUUGACCAUUCAGACAUCAAGCUUUCUGCAGCAGACAUCCUCUCAACCCUCACCUCCACAGCCACUUUUUCAGAAUCAUAGCCCCUUGACUGAAACACAAGACUCACAGACAGUACUCUUUGGAACCACAAAGUCACCACAAGUCCAAGCAACGUUAUUUCCUGGUACCAUGACAAUGCUAACAAGCACCAAUCUACCUACAGAUCAGCAGGCUCCUCCAGCUAGCCUGUUUAUUGCGCAGAGUGUGUUGCCCAGCCAGCUAUCAUCGGAUAAUAACCAGAACCAGCAGCAGCAACAGAUAACUUUCCUCACACCCAUGCAGACAUCUGGAACAGAAGCUCAGACUGUCUCACUUUUUCAGGGACAAGCACAGUUGUCCACCCCAAUGGAACAACAACAGUCUCCCCAACCACAACAAAUGGCAACACCCCAGCAGGCCCCUCUUUUUCCAAAUAUUGCCACAAUAUCCCCAAAUCAAGCACAGCAGCAAACACAGACUGGCAUAUUGUUCUGUACCACAACCAUUAAUCCCCAUGAUCUGCCCCAGGCUUUGCUAUUCAGUGGCCAGAACCAAGCUUCUUUAGGAAGUGACCGUCUCCCAGAGAAUAUAUUUCAGGAGCAGCAACCCAUGCAAGUUGUUCCCAGCUCUGAAAAUGUUGCUGUGAACAACCCUUCAAACCAACCCACCGCCUCAGCAGCCCAGCCAACUCCGAAUCCAUCAAUAAUUUUUUCACAACCCAGUGUUGUGAGUGUUGCCCAACAAGACUCGACAGAGCCCAUGUCUUUUCAAGACCAGAGCACUGUUGUGAGUGACUCGUCUGCCAGUAUGUCUUCAACACGGACAGAACUUUUUCAGGACCAGCAACCUAUGCAGGUUGUCCCCAGUGCCACCACCGUAACCCCUGUCUCUCCUACGGACCAACGUUCUGUCAACAUUUUUUUGCCUCAGUCAACAAUUUCAGUCCUGCAAGGUGGUGUAAGUGCUCAGGAGUUACCUCCAACUGCCACAGCAGCAACCAUCUUUAGUGGACAGAGUGGUGUGGCAGUGGGCGGUCUCCAGAACACCACAUCUUCCGCCCCUCAGCAACCUCCCAGCCAACUCUUUCAGACAGCUAUUGGGGGAACUCUUAGCCAACCUGGACAGCCAGGACAAGCAGGUCUUUAUCUCUUUGAGAUUCCCAGUGAAUGUGGACCGCUAAUGAAUUCUCCUGGUUCGUCGUUGUCAGAUCAGCUUGUCACCAUGGGACAUCCCGGUUCGGAUCAGACCCAGUUUCAGACUAGUGCACAGAUUCAUCCCUUACUGGACCAGUCCAACAACCUCGAUGAUAAGAUAGACGAACUUCUGGAACGCUUUCAGGCACAGGGAAAGACUCUCCCUAGGGAUUUUUUGGACCAUUAAAGAUAAGUAGUCUGAAACCUCAGUCCAGUAGACCACCGUCCACACUGCUUGUUGAUGUUUCUUUACAUCUUCCAUCUUGUGUAGGUAUUGUCUAAACUUGGGGGUUGUCUCAAUUGGGGGUCUUCACUUGUAUCUAUGUUUCUGAAAGCUUUGUAGUGUGUUGUUUUGGCGGGAUAUGUUACAUAUGGAUCUCGUCACAGCUCCUUUUCUUGAUGGACAUAAAAGGGUCCAUUUCAUUGAGGCCACUGUUUGGCAUGUCAACAUAUCAUGUGACCCAUUAAGCCAUUAAGUAUAUUGGCACUUUGCUACUUUGUAUUGUGUUCUUGACUUCCACUUGAAUCUUGUCCAUUUAUUGCCAUCAUUAUUCUGUUUUAUUUCAGUAGAAACCAACCUAGUACAACAUAAAUUCAAAACCUUUUUGUUGCUGUUGAGAUACUAAUACAUUGUGAAUGAAUUUGAAAUAUAUUUAGCACUUUAGGAAGUAUCUGCCAGAGAUUCUCCCUUUUAGCUUUGUAACCCAUAUGCGUCUACCUGGCUGUCAAAGCAUUUCAUGUUUUGAUAGUCAUAACGCUUUUCUAAAAAUGUGUUUGUGUUUCAUUACUCUUUAGUGUCUCCUUUCAGAAUAUAGCCUAUUUUAUGAGCCAUGUUUAAUGUUUUAUUAUGUGUUUGAAUGUUUGACAUGUCCAUCUAAUCUCUCCAUUUCCACAUAACAUUUAAAAUCAAGAUGCUCUAUGGAAAUCACUCCUCCGCUUCUCCUGUUUUAGUUUAGUUUUAUUUAAUUUUAAUUAAAUGAUAAAGAGGUCCAACUUGUAGACACGAAUUCCUAUCAGGGAUGUGAAAAUGUGCAACAUUGCCGUUGAGAUAUGUGAACAGAUUAUAUUAUCAUCCACCAGAGCGUCUACAAUGUGUGUGUGUGUGUGCUCAGCAGAAAGUCACGGAGCACAUUUGUACUAUAUAAGAUGCAGCUACGUUCUUGAUUUUGAAUUAUAUGUGGUUCAUGGAGAUUAUUCAAAUAAGCACAAGCUUGGGAAGAGGAUUUGUUGUGCUGGUGCACGCAAGGGAUAGUUCACCCAAAUUUGAAAAUCAAUAUCUACUCAUCUUUAUGCCGUUCCAAACUGGUAUAACCUUCUUUCAUCUGUGGUGCCCAAAAAAUAUAACAUUGAAAAUAUUUUGCUUUAUGAGGAAUGCAUGAAAGAGAUUUUAGAGUUACCAUGGACAUUUUUGGUCUUUUCCUCACGCACAGCAUCUGAAAACUUGGAAUAUGGUGCACUUGCUUUUUUUUUAGUUUGACAGCUUUAGGUCAUUGAAUGCUUGUAAAGAAAAGAGCAGCGAGAACAUUCUUCAGAAUUGCUCCUUUUGUGUUUCACAGAAGAAAGACGGUCCUACAGAUUCUGAAAGGAAUGACACGAGUGUUAGAAAAAGAAUGAUAGGAUAUUUAUUGUCGAUGUGAACUAUCACAACUAUGAGGGUGGUUUUUGGGCAGCUUAAAAUGGAAGUUAAGUCCAUAUUUCCUUGAGGGUUUAAGAAGGGAUUGGUUAGUUUUCACCCCCCAAGUUACGAUAAACCUCAUCUACGAUAAGAUAGUCGAUGUUCAGUUGUUAGAGGAGAAAAUCUGAUAAGUUUUAAAUCAAGCUAUGAUGAAGAGACUGCUUCAAACCACCACUGCACGACAAUCUCAUCAUACAAGUUUUAAAAAUGAUCUUUUGGAAAAUAUGAAAGCUCUUACCAGUCAGAAAUAAUUAAUCAUGUGUCCUAACUGGAAGUUUUCUCUACAAGUAAUCAUCGGAGUAAAGAAGGGGUAGUGCACGCUGGUAAAUUAACUUGUACAGGGUUUGAUAUUGACAGAAUGCCGCCACAUUUUGUCAUAACUGAUACUAAUUGGUUGUUUACAUCAGUCUUGAUUUAAACAUUUUUUUUAUUAUUUGUUCUAAUUUUUCUAAUUUCUUGCAAAAGUCAUUGUCACACCCUCACUGAGGAGAUCUUUUUGUUGUAGGACAUUGCUCUGAUAUUUGAUUAAAUCACAUUUGUUUGACAUUUUACUUGUUCACUGACAUAUGCCAUCUUUAAAAAAGCUUUUUAAGACUUAACAUCAAUGUACUCUACUCUAAGAAGCAGCUUUUGCAUUGACAACAUUCUCAUGCAAACAUAAUGUGAGGUAGUUCUAUUUAAAAUCUUCAUAAACAUCUUUGCUUUGAUAAGUCAGUUAUUUUUACAUCAUACCUUUAUAUUCUUCUUUUUUUUUUUUAAAUAUGCUUUGUCAAAUUUGCAUAAUUACUGUUGUAAAUAGUAGAUCGGCUGUUUUAAGUGUGCUGUUCCUUUGUGAGGUAGCAGUUUGUUAAAAGCGUGCUCUCUUUGUAGUAAAAGAUCAUAUCUCACCUGCAAGUGAGGCAUACAUACAGUAUUUUUGUAAGACUGAAUUUCGAAAUGUACUAUGUACAUUUUAAAAGUGAAUUGUCCCUUCUGCAGUACUGUACUUCAUAUGUCAAUAUUCAGAGCGGUGGAAUGAUGGUUUUUGUCCCCAUCACUGUGUUACAAAAUGGAGAUUGUUAUUUGUUUGGUAAGUGAAAUUCAAAUAUUGUCAAUUUCUAAACAAUUAAAAAAGGCUGGGUGUGGGUGAAUCUCACACAGACUAAUUGUUUGCCAUAUUCAACCCCAAAAUCAAUUCUCUGUAGCCUGUUGAAUCUAACAGUAACCCUUGCUCUUGUAAGAUGAAAAAAGGUUCAUUUAAAUCAAAGUACAAUUGUACACAUAUUGGUACUAUUUGUUGUACUGAAUUGAAUUGAUGCUUGUUAAAAAAAAUAGAUUUUCAUGGAUGUUACAGGUUUUUUUAAAUCUUUUGUUAAAUUACAGUUAAGAAAACGUGAUUUUUAGGAAGUUUUCUUUUGAUUUUGGGGUGAAAUAUGACCUGUGAGAUACAUAUGCUAUUGUUCUGGAACUUGGGUUCCAUGCAAAGCCAUAAAAAAAAAAAAAAAACUCUGGAAUCAGAGUGGAAGAAUGUGUGUGAGUUUUACCUCAUGUUGCAGGACAUAGAUUCACACUACAUCUAACCUAAGGACCAAUUAAGAAAAAAACAUAUUUUCUCAAAACAAGGCAGCAAAAUCAAUGUCUUUUGAUUAAAUAAUCAUUUGUCCAUUCUCGUUUUUUUUUUUGGUACUGAUGC